AAAUGAACGAAGAACUCAAAUUGACAGACCUUGGCAAGACCAGAAGUGGAGCUGAACGGGCCGACCAUAACAGAAUGAACCUGGGCCUUAAGAGACCAAAGAAGAACGACUCUCAGGCCUCAAUAGAGCCUAGAAUGUGGAAUACAAGUGUAGAAGCCCCCGAAGGCUUCAGAGCUGGCAGAAGCUGCAUCAGUACAAAACAGUAUAAUAAGGAAACAGAAAGUAAUGCACCCCCCGAUGGAAAUGUUAUCAUUCUUUCAAGGAUGGGUAGAAUGUCAGGACAGGUACCUAAUCAAGCUACUAUUGAUCCAGAGUUUGGAAAUGAUGCAGAGAUUGUUAAGAAUAAUGAUAAAUCAGAAGACAAUCUAAUAGAUGCAAAAUAGCUUAGAGAUGUACGCUCACAAUACAAUAAGGAGGAAUGGCUUUCAUUGUCCAUGGAGCAUAGCAGUAGUAGGUACAUACUCCAUCAUCCUGAUGGAGUUGGCUACCUUCUCAGUUGCUGUCUGCCCAUGGUUGCUAGAAGUCACUUCUACUGAGUAUUUUGGCUUCAUUAUAGCCCUUUUUGCGAUAUUAGCAGUGACUUGUCUCGCCCUAGCUAUUGCCUGUAUGAUGAUAGAUCCUGCAGAUCCGAUUCUUAAGGAAAGCAAAGAUAUUAAUGUUGAAAAAUUUACUUACGAGUGUCAUACCUGUGAUUGAUACGUCCAUGAAAGCACAAAACAUUGUAAGGACUGAAAUAAGUGCGUCAGAGGAUUUGAUCAUCAUUGAAUAUGGCUCAAUACUUGAAUAGGAGUAAGGAACUAUCGCUACUUCUUUGCUUUAUUAACUUUCUAUCUUCUGCUGAGUUUUAUCUUGAUCGGUCUUGUUGGUGUAAUAAUUGCCCGAGUGAAGGUCAUCACCUACACAGAUGAUUAUAUACCUCUUAGGGUUUAUUUAAGCAUUUUCAUGCUGAUUGAGCUGUUCACUAAAUUUCUCCUCAGCUUCCUCUGGUGCUUCCAUAUCUACCUCUUCUUGGUUGGUACCACAACCUACGGAUUCAUUAUUUCCAGAAGACAGCAGAAGGCUAUAGUCAAAUCUGAUGUCAAAGAACAGGAGCAGAACUGAAAGAAGAUACAGCAAGAAAUAACUGAGAGAUGAAGGCAAGCUUUCGAGAACCAUGCACGAAACAUGAGCUCACCCAACUGGAGAUACGAGAAGGAUAUUAGCAGAGAAAGCCAGGAUCUCAAUGCUUCUUCAAAUAAGUCGCUUGAAAAAUCAAGCAUGAACUCAUGUAUGAAGUAUGAAGACCCAUAAAGAACCAUUAAAAGUAAUUAAAUACACAUUUUCCUGAAAUAUUUAUGCAAAAUAACUUGUGAGAGUAUUCUUAUCUUGCCAAUAAAGCCUGCAAAAUUCCUAAAAUGGCUUAUCUAGAAGCUCGCCUAAAGUAAAGCACUGU